UCCGCGGGGCGAGAGGGUCGGUGGGGGGAGUCGGCGUCUCUCUCCCCCGCGCCAGCUCCCGUACACGGAGCCGCAUUCCUUGGCCCCCCCACCCCCUCCCUCGGGGCCCCCCCGCCCCCCUCGGGAAAAAAAUCCACCCCAAAUCACUCGAACCCGAGGGAGGUUUCCUUUCACCCUCGGGGAGACGCGCUCUCCACGGUUCCCUCUCAGCCGUCUCCCCCAAGCCCCCGUCCCCUCCCCUGCUCCCACCCCCUUCUCCCGGCGCCGGGUGCAAGGUCCCUUUAAGGCGACGGCGCCUUCCUCGGGUCAGACUACCGGCGGCGACGACCACGGGAGCAUGGCGGACACCGACCUCUUUAUGGAAUGUGAGGAGGAGGAGCUGGAGCCAUGGCAGAAAAUCAGCGAUGUCAUUGAGGAUUCUGUCGUUGAAGAUUAUAAUUCAGUGGAUAAAACUACUACAGUUUCUGUGAGCCAGCAGCCAGUCUCGGCUCCAGUGCCCAUCGCUGCCCAUGCUUCUGUUGCUGGGCACCUCUCUACAUCCACCACCGUUAGUAGCAGCGGGGCACAGAACAGCGACAGUACAAAGAAGACUCUUGUCACACUAAUUGCCAACAACAAUGCUGGCAAUUCUUUGGUCCAACAAGGUGGACAGCCGCUCAUCCUAACCCAGAAUCCAACCCCAGGUCUGGGCACAAUGGUUACUCAACCAGUAUUGAGGCCUGUCCAGGUCAUGCAGAAUGCCAAUCAUGUGACUAGUUCUCCUGUGGCCUCACAACCAAUAUUCAUCACUACGCAGGGAUUUCCUGUAAGAAAUGUCCGGCCUGUACAAAAUGCAAUGAAUCAGGUUGGGAUUGUGCUGAACGUACAGCAAGGCCAAACGGUUAGACCAAUAACACUAGUCCCAGCUCCAGGUACCCAGUUUGUUAAGCCGACAGUUGGAGUCCCACAAGUGUUCUCUCAGAUGACCCCAGUGAGGCCAGGCUCCACGAUGCCUGUGCGGCCCACCACCAACACCUUCACCACCGUCAUCCCGGCCACUCUGACCAUUCGGAGCACCGUCCCACAGUCGCAGUCCCAGCAAACCAAGUCCACCCCCAGCACCUCUACCACUCCCACCGCCACACAGCCAACCUCACUGGGGCAGCUGGCUUCUCAGCCUCCAGGCCAAUCCAGCCAGACACCCAAUCCCAAGCUAGCUCCCUCCUUCCCCUCUCCACCUGCAGUGAGCAUUGCCAGCUUUGUCACUGUGAAGCGACCCGGGGUUACAGGUGAAAAUAGCAAUGAAGUAGCCAAACUGGUGAAUACCCUUAACACCAUCCCUUCCCUGGGCCAGAGUCCUGGGCCAGUGGUGGUAUCCAACAACAGCUCUGCCCACGGCUCCCAGAGAACUAGCGGACCUGAGUCUUCAAUGAAAGUGACCUCUUCCAUCCCAGUGUUCGACCUCCAGGAUGGUGGACGGAAAAUAUGUCCACGAUGUAAUGCUCAAUUCCGUGUUACCGAAGCUUUGAGAGGUCACAUGUGUUACUGUUGCCCAGAAAUGGUGGAAUACCAGAAGAAAGGAAAGUCUCUGGAUUCAGAACCCAGUGUCCCAUCAGCAGCAAAGCCCCCGUCCCCUGAGAAAACUGCCCCUGUUGCUUCCACACCCUCUUCCACACCUAUUCCUGCUCUGUCCCCACCUACCAAAGUACCAGAGCCAAAUGAGAAUGUGGGUGAUGCUGUCCAGACCAAACUCAUCAUGCUAGUAGAUGACUUCUACUAUGGACGGGAUGGUGGCAAAGUGGCCCAACUCACAAACUUCCCUAAGGUCGCCACGUCUUUCCGAUGUCCACAUUGUACCAAAAGGCUAAAAAACAACAUUCGAUUCAUGAACCAUAUGAAACACCACGUAGAACUUGAUCAGCAGAAUGGUGAGGUAGAUGGUCAUACCAUCUGCCAACACUGUUAUCGCCAGUUUUCCACGCCCUUCCAGCUCCAGUGCCACUUGGAAAAUGUUCAUAGUCCUUAUGAAUCGACUACCAAGUGCAAGAUCUGUGAGUGGGCGUUUGAGAGUGAGCCACUAUUUCUCCAGCAUAUGAAGGAUACUCAUAAGCCUGGAGAGAUGCCUUAUGUCUGCCAGGUGUGUCAAUAUCGCUCCUCACUCUACUCUGAGGUAGAUGUCCAUUUUCGGAUGAUCCAUGAGGAUACUCGGCAUCUGCUCUGCCCUUAUUGCCUGAAGGUCUUCAAAAAUGGCAAUGCAUUCCAACAGCAUUACAUGAGGCACCAGAAGAGGAAUGUUUAUCACUGCAACAAAUGCCGGCUGCAGUUUCUCUUUGCAAAGGACAAAAUUGAACACAAGCUUCAGCACCAUAAAACCUUCCGUAAACCCAAGCAGCUAGAAGGUUUGAAACCAGGCACCAAGGUGACAAUCCGGGCUUCCCGAGGACAGCCACGAACUGUUCCUGUUUCCUCCAAUGAUGCACCUCCCAGCACCUUGCAGGAGGCAGCACCACUGACCUCCUCCACAGACCCUCUGCCUGUCUUCCUUUAUCCCCCUGUCCGGCGCAACAUCCAGAAGAGAGCUGUUAGGAAAAUGAGUGUCAUGGGCCGACAGACAUGUCUAGAGUGCAGCUUUGAGAUCCCAGAUUUCCCUAAUCAUUUCCCCACUUACGUUCACUGCUCUCUGUGUCGCUAUAGCACCUGCUGCUCUCGAGCCUAUGCCAACCACAUGAUCAACAAUCAUGUUCCACGCAAGAGCCCCAAGUAUUUGGCUUUGUUUAAAAAUUCUGUGAGUGGAAUCAAGCUGGCUUGCACUUCAUGUACCUUUGUUACCUCUGUGGGAGAUGCCAUGGCCAAGCAUUUGGUAUUCAACCCCUCUCACAGAUCCAGCAGCGUCCUGCCACGGGGACUCACUUGGAUAUCUCACUCAAGACAUGGCCACACUCGUGACCGAGUACAUGACCGGAGUUUGAAGAAUAUAUAUCCUCCUCCUGCCUUCCCCUCUAAUAAAACUGCCACUGUGAAAUCUGUGGGGGCCACCCCAGCUGAGCCUGAAGAGCUGCCGCCUCCUUUGGCCCAAGCACUCCCGUCCCCAGCCUCAACCGCAACCCCACCGCCAACCCCAACUCAGCCCCAGCUUUUAGCCCUCCCACCCUUGGCCACAGAGGGGGCCGAAUGUCUGAAUGUGGAUGACCAGGAUGAAGGGAGCCCAGUCAUCCAGGAGCCCGAGCAGGCCACAGGGGGUGGUAGUGGCAGUGGAGUUGGCAAGAAGGAGCAGCUGUCUGUGAAGAAGCUUCGAGUGGUCCUGUUUGCCCUGUGCUGCAAUACAGAACAGGCUGCUGAACACUUCCGAAAUCCACAGCGACGGAUCCGACGUUGGCUUCGGCGCUUCCAGGCCUCCCAGGGGGAGAAUCUGGAGGGCAAAUAUCUGAGCUUAGAAGCAGAAGAGAAGCUGGCUGAGUGGGUGCUAACCCAGCGAGAGCAGCAGCUACCUGUGAAUGAGGAGACCUUGUUCCAGAAAGCUACCAAAAUAGGACGUUCUUUGGAGGGAGGGUUUAAGAUCUCUUAUGAGUGGGCUGUGCGCUUCAUGCUCCGGCACCACCUGACCCCCCAUGCCCGGCGAGCUGUGGCCCACACCCUACCUAAGGAUGUGGCAGAGAAUGCAGGACUCUUCAUUGAAUUCGUGCAACGACAGAUUCACAACCAGGACUUACCCUUGUCCAUGAUUGUGGCUAUUGAUGAGAUCUCCUUGUUCCUAGAUACAGAGGUGCUAAGCAGUGAUGACCGAAAGGAGAAUGCCCUGCAGACAGUGGGCACGGGGGAACCUUGGUGUGACAUGGUGCUGGCCAUUCUGGCCGAUGGCACUGUCCUCCCCACCCUGGUUUUCUACCGAGGACAAAUGGAUCAGCCUGCUAACGUGCCGGACUCGAUACUGCUGGAGGUGAAGGAGAGUGGCUACAGCGAUGACGAGAUCAUGGAGCUGUGGUCAGCCCGAGUGUGGCAGAAGCACACAGCGUGCCAGCGCAGCAAAGGCAUGCUUGUGAUGGACUGUCAUCGCACUCAUUUGUCAGAAGAGGUGCUGGCUAUGCUAAGUGCCUCUAGCACCUUGCCUGCAGUGGUCCCGGCGGGCUGUAGCUCCAAAAUCCAGCCGUUAGAUGUGUGCAUCAAACGAACCAUCAAGAACUUUCUGCACAAAAAGUGGAAGGAGCAGGCUCGGGAAAUGGCAGAUACUGCAUGUGAUUCCGACGUCCUGCUUCAACUGGUGCUGGUCUGGCUGGCUGAGGUGUUGGGCGUCAUUGGGAACUGUCCAGAGCUGGUGCAGCGGUCCUUCCUCGUGGCCAGUGUCAUACCUGGCCCUGAUGGCAACAUUAACUCACCCACUAGAAACGCUGACAUGCAGGAGGAGCUCAUCGCCUCCCUAGAGGAGCAGCUGAAGCUGAGUGGGGACCAGUCUGAGGAGCCCUCAGCUUCCACUCCCCGACCCAGAUCAUCUCCUGAAGAGACAGUUGAGCCUGAGAGCCUUCACCAGCUCUUUGAGGGUGAAAGCGAGACCGAGUCCUUUUAUGGAUUUGAAGAAGCUGACCUAGAUCUGAUGGAGAUUUGAGUGCUGGGGUCAGGAGCGGGUGUGGAGUUGGGAGGGGGGGAGGGAGGGGAAGCGUGAGGGGGUGGGUAGAGGGAUUUAGGGAAAGGGGAUAUGCCAGGUGGGGUAUUUGGUUUAUAUUUUUUAAUUUUAUGCCCCCACUCCCCCCGCAAUGUUGACUUCUGCUUCCCUGUGGAUUUGUGGAUUAUUAGGAAUACCAGUGGUGAUCCCGUCUGAGCCAAGGAGCUGGCCCAUUGGUCGUUCACUUCUGCUAAAAACCGGUUUUCGUGACUUUUUUUUUUAAAACUUAAAUCACUGUGUUUGGUAUUUUUCUGACAAAAUCAAGAAAAAGAAAAAAAUAUUCUUUGUGGGCGAAUGUUAAAUUUUUGUUCCCCUUUACCUCAAUUGUAUCAUAGUACAUCUGGGUUUUUUUGUUUGUUUUACUGUGUGGCAAUGUCUUUGGGCAUGAUGCUUUCCAACCAUUGUCAAUGUGAGAACAUUUCUGAAGAUGGGAAAGACAAAAAUAUGUAGCUCACAAACUGGUUUAUUAUAUAUAUGGAUAAAAAAAAACUUUUUUCAUUGUGGUCUUAACACUUUUAUAUAAAAAUGAAAAUGGAAAAAAAAUCCCACUGAACUCUCUUCCUUCUCCUUUCUUUCCUUCCCUCUCCAGAGAUGUUGGUUUCUACAGCAACUCUGAGAUAUAAACUUGUGGCUUUAAAAAUGCAUGAAACCACCUCUCAUCCAGAAUGAUGAAUUAGAUUCAUCACCACCUUCCCUCCAACAAAAACAUGACAGAACCAAUAUUCUUUGCAUUGGGAUCCUUGGCCCCUCUUCCCAUGCUCACCCCAUCACUCCGGACAAAGGAUCAUACACGUGUCAUUAGCAAGCAAGAGGUACCGAGGUGAUCACACAGUGUUAGGGUGGAGGCCAUUCCCAGUGUAUGGGUCUUCAACAUGUUAAGUGGACAGCAUGCCUGUUCAAGAGAUCACAUGUCCUAAAGCCAGGAGCUAACUGUGCAAGAAGUUACAUGUUGAACUUCGUAAAACAAGACAAACCACUUGUUGAAAUCCUGUUUUAACCCUGUGGCUUUCCUCAUUUCUCUUAAUGCUUAGAGAAGAAGGGGACCUGAAGAGGAAACACAGGGGUGUGUGCACAAAGAAAAAGACAUGAAUCUUUAUUUUUCACUGCCAGCUUCAAGGAAAGAAAAUUUUUCUACAGUUUGCAUGAGGGAUUUUUUUUAAUUGUAUGUAUUCAUGGUUAUAAACUGAAACGUACUGUGUAACAUACAGAGAAAAGGAACAAAAACCCAAGCCCAGCUCUCCCACAGCUACACCUUCUAUCCAUCCCAAGUCUUUCAGCAACAUGUCCCUCCUGGGAGCCAAGGAGACAGCCUGCAUGGGCUUGUCAUUGGUUCAUCUUUAAAGUGUACAUAAGUGGAACAUUUAAUAAAAUGAGGGGAAAUGGAUUUAUAAACAAUGUGGUUUGUUUUUUUUCCCUAGGUAACCCUAUUGUAGUAGGCUUUCACAGACUGGGACAUGCUCAAGAUGUGAUGGGCCUGGUGGUACAGGUGUGACAUUUGUUACCACCUCUUUCUCCUCACCUCCAUUUUUUGGUUUUUUAACCCCAGCACACUAUAAUAUAGUGAACUGGAGUGAUCCCACCCAUGAACAGCUUGGCCAGCUUCAUGAACCCAUGGCAUCUGGAAAGUGAACUGAAGAUCCGUCUGCUCUUGGCCUGCUCUUCCCCAGCUUUCUGCCUGAUGCCAUUUUGACAGAACAUGGACCUUGAAGUCAUCCUUUUGCCUUUGAGAAAGUUCAAGAACUAUGGUCAAUUCUAUCUACAGUGACCGAAUCCUCUUUGGUAGUCUCCGCAGCAGCCCCAGCCUCAGCAGAGCUGGGUCCCUGGCCUCUGCAUUAUUUGACUUUCCUGAUGGGUAAUUUUUUUUAAGACCAUAAGACCAACAGUGGAUCAGCUGGGUUUUGGCCAGGAAGUUAUCUUUGUGGAUUCCGCCCGCAUGGCUUAGUAGUAGAAGGAAGUUUUUUUGUUUUGUUUUGUUUUGUUUUUUUUUAUAAUUCAGUUUAAUCAAUAAACAAGUAUUUAUUGACUA